CGCCGCCUUCCCCGCGCCGCGCGCCCUCGCCGUUGUCUGCGCUCCGCUCUGGACCAGUUUGGGGAAGUUGACGGGGCCCGGCGUCGCCCAGAUGUGCGACCUCAUUGAGCCGCAGCCGGCCGAGAAGAUCGGCAAGAUGAAGAAGUUGCGGAGAACUUUGUCGGAGAGUUUCAGCCGCAUCGCUUUGAAGAAAGAUGACACCACCUUUGAUGAGAUAUGUGUCACAAAGAUGUCUACACGGAACUGCCAGGGAAUGGACUCAGUGAUGAAACCCCUGGACACAAUUCCUGAGGAUAAAAAAGUCAGGGUUCAGAGGACACAGAGCACUUUUGACCCAUUUGAGAAACCAACUAAUCAAGUAAAGAGGGUGCAUUCUGAGAACAAUGCUUGUAUUAAUUUUAAGACCUCCUCCACAGGCAAAGAGUCCCCUAAAGUUAGGCGGCACUCGAGUCCCAGCUCGCCUACCAGUCCCAAAUUUGGAAAAGCUGAUUCAUAUGAAAAACUGGAAAAACUAGGGGAAGGAUCUUAUGCUACAGUGUACAAAGGGAAAAGCAAGGUAAAUGGGAAACUGGUAGCCUUGAAGGUGAUCAGGCUGCAAGAAGAAGAAGGUACUCCUUUUACAGCUAUCAGGGAAGCUUCUUUAUUAAAAGGACUAAAACAUGCUAACAUAGUGCUGCUUCAUGACAUCAUCCACACCAAGGAGACACUGACCCUUGUAUUUGAAUAUGUGCACACUGAUUUGUGUCAGUACAUGGACAAGCACCCUGGGGGGCUGCAUCCAGAUAAUGUGAAGUUGUUUUUAUUUCAGUUGCUGCGAGGGCUGUCUUACAUCCACCAGCGUUAUAUUUUGCACAGAGAUCUGAAACCACAGAACCUUCUGAUCAGUGACACGGGGGAGUUAAAGCUGGCAGAUUUCGGUCUUGCAAGAGCAAAAUCCGUCCCUAGCCACACAUACUCCAAUGAAGUGGUUACCUUGUGGUACAGGCCUCCAGAUGUUCUCUUGGGCUCAACAGAAUAUUCCACCUGCCUUGACAUGUGGGGAGUUGGCUGCAUCUUUGUUGAAAUGAUCCAAGGAGUUGCUGCUUUUCCAGGAAUGAAAGACAUCCAGGACCAACUUGAACGAAUAUUUCUGGUUCUUGGAACGCCAAACGAAGACACGUGGCCUGGAGUUCAUUCUUUACCACAUUUUAAACCAGAACGCUUUACCCUGUACAGCUCUAAAAAUCUUAGACAAGCAUGGAAUAAGCUCAGCUAUGUGAAUCAUGCAGAAGAUCUGGCCUCCAAACUCCUACAGUGUUCCCCAAAGAACAGACUAUCAGCACAGGCCGCCUUGAGCCAUGAGUAUUUUAGUGACCUGCCUCCACGGCUAUGGGAACUGACUGAUAUGUCUUCUAUUUUUACUGUUCCAAAUGUAAGAUUGCAACCAGAAGCUGGAGAGAGCAUGCGGGCCUUUGGGAAAAACAAUAGUUAUGGCAAAAGUCUAUCAAAUAGCAAGCACUGAUGAGCACAAUAUUCUCAAGAGAGCACAGUUGUUCAAGCUUACAUGAGGAACCAAGGUAUUUGCUGCUCAGAUAUCAGGUGGAAAGUACUGUAGUCCAAGUAUGAAAAAGAAUAGAAACAGACUAGCAACUAAAGUCAGCAUGUAAGUAACAAAAUCACAGCACAUAAGUGGAGAAGAUUAAUCAUCUGUGCCUGCCUUGCCUAUGGUCAUUAUGACUUUUAUCAUAAUUGUAUAAUUCAGGUUAAGUGUCAUGGGGUGUGAUUCUGCCUGAGCCUUAACUAACCGUGUGGUGAAUGGGUAAGAAGAAAAAAGGUUAUGAAGAAACUAACAUGGCUGCAACCAAGAUUCUUCCAGAAAGAUGCAGAGGUUGGGAUUGAACAAACAACAAGAAGGACUAAAACAAGGGGAUAUAAAUCGUAGGCAGAGAAUCUUUAAACCUAAUGUAACAGAUAAUAACUUUGUACCAUCAUGUCCUUGAUCACGUAUUGACACUAUAAAAGUAGUGAGACUUGAAUAUUAUUUUA